AUAUCACACGCACGUACAGUUACGGUCGUACACAGACUCACGUGCCAUACAACAUUCAACAGGGUCUGCUCCGCACACAACGACACAACACACACCUCCUUCAAAGAGUGAUGGCCGCCAACGCAGAGUCUACAACAAUCUCGUCAUUCGAGCGCAAUUUUUUGCAGUUUUUGUGAUCUACGAACGAGAGAGAGAGAGAGAGAGAGAGAGAGAGAGACAUCGAGCCGAGUCUAGUUGCCGCAGCAGUUAGCCCGCAGAGUCGCGAAAAAUGGCGAUGAGAGCAGGACGCAGUCUGUCCAGCGGAGAUCUUCGCGGAGCUGAAGACGCGGAAAAAGAGACACUUCUGGAUCAUGACAGCGAGCCCGACGAGGACAUGCUUUUCAAUCGUACGAGCUCCGCGGAUGGCCAAUUACACAUCGAUGGCAAGAUAUCGAGUGUGAAGAUCCAGAUCAGAGAGGUGACGGACGUGAUGCGCGACAAUGUGCACAAGGUGAUGGAACGAGGCGAACGUAUGGAGGACCUGCAGAUGGCCAGUGAGAGACUCAGUUCGGCGGGAGACGAAUUCCGCGAAGCUGCCAGAAAAGCUCAGAGAAGAGCCUGGAUGCAGAACGUGCGCGGCAGGCUGAUCAUCAUUGCCAUCACGAUAACUGCUAUCCUCUGUAUCGUAGUUCUGGAUGUCUUGGCGCUUUACCUGGUUCUCAGGUAGCCAAUCGCGCAGCCAGACCUCCGGCUUAGUGCCCAUCAUCGUUAAAUACUCUUGACCCAUUCGAGCAACAAACGUGUCAACAACCAGAGGAUCGUAAUCGAGCGGUGUUGCGUCUUUUUACUAGUCGCAGUGCCUUUGCUUGAUACCAGGCUGUUUACUAUUAUAUAAGAUACGUAUAUCAAUAAGCGUUUUUAAAAGUAUAAUUGAUGGUUUGUUAUUUCUUUUCAUAGGUUAUACAUAAUUUAUAUUUAUGCUUUACUAUUAUCGUCCUAUGUAAAAUUCAUGUAUGCUUAAUUUUAUGCUUACUACUUUUACGGUUUAUAGAUUUAUUUUUUAUAUAAAAUGAGAGUCAGAGUUUACUUUUAAGUGAACACUUGGCACAUUUUGAGCGCACUUAAAUUGUACGACAUUGUAUCUAGCCACAAUUCCUUCUGUAUACUUUUGAUUAUCUCGACUAAAUGACUUAAUUUCGUAUGCAGCUGACAAAUGUCAAUUUUCGCACCUUUAACUUUGAAGUAUCGUGCAAUUUAAUAUUCUAACUUUUAUGCCACGUGUAAAGCGAGCUUCGAUGCAUUUACUUUGAAAUUCAAUAGUCAACUUUGUCCCGAAACAUCCGAUUGCACCGACGUGCUCUUUUGACGUACAACAGUUAUCCGGUACAAUUUCUUACAUGCAUUGUACAAAGUUAGCUGAAUGCGCAUAUUGACUGAAAAUUAUAAAAAAUGUAAAUAAUAUUUUUCUAUUGCAAGUUAAUAAAACGUUAUUUUCGAACAUUUUA